GACCAACAUUAUGACAAGUAUAAUAAUUGAUAUCAAACGGAAUAGAAGUGGUCGACAUAACAACGUGCAGAUUACGCGGCUUCGAUACUGCCGACACCCACACAAACAAAGUCUUCCGAAUUAUUCUUCUUUUUCAUUCAGCAACUCAUAAUUCUUCAUCGCUUCUUUCCUAAUUCUUCCUCUUCUUCCCCGUCUUCUCUUUGCUGAGCCUGAGCCUGCUCCGAUUUCCAUCACGCGCAAAUGGCUACCAGACUCGGAGGCAUCUUUGAUUCCCCCAGUUCUCAGAAUUCAGCUGAAAUUGAAUCCCUUGCUCGAUUCGCCGUCGAUCAACACAACACCAAACAGAAUUCACUUCUGGAGUUUACAAGGGUGGUGAAAGCACGGGAACAGGUUGUUGCUGGUACACUGCACCACCUUACUCUUGAGGCUGUUGAUGCGGGUGAGAAGAAGAUCUAUGAAGCCCAAGUAUGGGUCAAACCAUGGCUGAACUUUAAAGAACUCAAAGACUUCAAGCAUGCUGGUGAAUAAAAGAUGCACGUCCGUUUCUGUAAGGAAUUGUAUACCUUCACUGUAAUAGUCACACCGGGAUAAUUUAUUACUCUCAAGUUUAAAUAAGUGUCAUGCCGGGUUAAUGUAUUAUUAUGAUACUUUACUACUUUCAUACUCUCAAGUUUAAAUAAGUGGAUUGUAUUCUGUGUA